AUGCAAAUCAUAUUUUGUCCGUCUCCGUCUCCAGAGGGUGUAUCAUUAAGCUGGUUUAUGGCUGCAGGUUUGAUUAUCAAUGCUGCAAUGGGUGCUGGUCUGUUGAACAUUGCAAAAGCGUUUGACGAGGCGGGUUUUUAUUUUGCUUUUGGACAAACGUUUUGUCGUCAUUGGUACUUUGAUCGACGAUUUACUAUUCCAAUAACGUCGUUACUAAUAAUAUUUCCAUUAUCAUUCUCAAAAUCAAUGAAAUUUCUGCAAAUUCCAAGGUAUCAACGAAAAAAAACAAGACGUCAAACUAUAAAUCACAUGUAUAUUAUUUUUCUUCGAUAUCCAGAAUCGUGGACAGAUGUUUUCCUCGUGUUGCCGACGAUGUGUUUUUGCUAUCAGGCCCAUGUGAAUUCAGUACCAGUAUUUGUUUCCUUAAAAAAUCGUGCCGAUUGUAUAAAAGCAACAUUGGCGUCAAUGCUAGUACUCAUUAUCAGCUAUUCAUUAGUUGCUAUCACUGGAUAUCUAACAUUUGGAACAAAGAUGUCUUAUCCGCAUUCUGUUGCUGUUCUGAUCGCUAUUCUCAUGAUUGCAUUGAAGACCUAUGUGGCUUAUCCUGUUAACUUAUUUUGUGGACGGUGA